AUGACUCAGCUGGUUAGCGCCAUCCAGCUAGAUGAAGUGGAGAUGGAGGUCAACAACCCUCACCAAGAGGUCAAAGAGCCACAGACGUACAGUGUGGAGGAAGAGGUGGAGACCAUCGGCUUUGAUCGCUUCCAUGUUCUGUUGUUCAUCAUCAUGGGAUUGACAAAUAUAGCGGAGGCAAUGGAGUUCAUGUUGCUGGCCGUGGUGUCUUCUGAGAUCCACUGUGAGUGGCAUCUGGACGACUGGGAGGUGGCUCUGGUCUCCACGGUGGUGUUUGCGGGGUUCAUGGUGUGUGGGUUGUUGAGUGGAUAUGUGGCUGAUAGAUGUGGAUGCUGGAAGGUCUGUCCCUUUACAGGUUUGGUUUUUACCAUUCUGCUGUUCUGGAUCAGGUCUCUGGUCUCAAUGAUUUUCAAUGUGGUUUAUAUUUAUACUGCAGGGCUGUACCCGACUGCAGUGCGUUCUCUUGGAAUGGGUUUCUGCACUUCUUUCAGCCGCAUCGGAGGCAUGAUCGCCCCACUUCAUAGCACAGUGAUUUUAGAUAUGCUGCCAUUUACUGUGGCCUGUGUGCUUUGUGCUGUUGGAGCCUUUCUACUGCCUAUCGAGACAAAGGGACGAGCACUACUGGUACGACACUGUCUGUGUUCCUGUGUGAAAUUAAGAUAA